CCAAACCGCCAAACCAUAUCCCAGUGUAUGCCAAGUAAAACCAACUGAACUGCCAAAUAAAGUUAACAAACCAUCAAAGUAAGAAAUGGCCGUGAAGCUGAGCAAUGCACUUUCUUUCCUUAUUGUCUGUGCAAUAAUGGGAAGUGCUUCUGCUCAAAGUGCGUCUAAUGUGAGAGCCACAUACCAGCUCUACAAUCCGCAAGAUCACAACUGGGACUUGCUUGCAGUAGGUGCCUUCUGCGCCACGUUUGAUGAGGAUCAGCCCUUCGAAUGGCGCAGCAGAUAUGGAUGGACUUCCUUCUGCGGACCUGAAGGUCCUAGCGGAGAAGACGCUUGCGGAAAAUGCCUACUGGUGACAAAUUUAGGGACAGGAGCUCAGGAAACAGUGAGAAUUAUUGACCAGUGCAGCAAUGGAGGUUUAGAUUUGGAUGUCAAUGUGUUUAACCAGAUAGACACUGAUGGAAGAGGCUAUGCACAAGGCUUCCUUGAUGUCAACUACGACUUUGUAGACUGCGGCGACUAAAUCAACCAUAUCAAAUACUUAACUACCAAAUAAACUUCAACAUAUGUAUGUGAAACAAAGUUUUGUCAAAUGAAUGAAAUUUAGAACUGGAAUCAAGUAUUGUUACUGAAGCUAAUUUAAUAAAAGUGGAAGGUAUUUGG